CGCGUCCAAACUUAACCGUUUGAGAGUAAAGCGAUCAUGGGUUCUUCUUCUAGAAAUCUCUAUGCACGAAUUGGAGAAGGUCAGUCUACGUCUAGGCCACCACUAUUUGAUGGCACAAACUAUUCCUAUUGGAAGGAACGGAUGAGAAUCUAUAUCCGUUCCACCAACUUCCAAUUAUGGUUGGUCAUCAAAAAUGGAGAGCAAAUCCCAAUGAAGAAAGUAGGAGAAACCACGGUCCCAAAACCGAGGACGAAUUUGAUGCCGAGGACAUCAAAAAGGUGGAGAACUACGCCAAGGCAAUCAACAUGCUGUACUGUGCCGUCAAUCCUGAUGAUUAUCGCAAGAUCUCUUGCUGCACCACUGCAAAAGAAAUGUGGGACAAGCUGGAAGUCACAUAUGAAGGUACAGACCAAGUUCGGGAAGCCAAAAUUGACUUCCUAACGCAGGAGUACAAGAUGUUCAAGAUGAAGGAAGGCGAAAAGAUCGAUGACAUGUUCGAUCGGUUCUCAAAGAUCAUCAACGACCUUCACGCUCUCAAGAAGACGUACGCCAACAAGGACCUUGUGAGGAAAAUCCUGCGGAGUCUCACACCCGAAUGGAGAUCAAAGGCUGACGCAAUCUACGAAUCCAUCAGAGUCUCCAAUGUCACCAUCGACGGGAUAAGAGGUAACCUCAAAACUUAUGAAUCUACUAUUCUAACUCCGUCUUUGGAUGAACAAAAGAAGAAGGGAAUAGCACUGAAAGCAACCAAGGAGACCGUGGAAGAAGACUCAAGCGAUGAAGACAACGAGUUCGGACUCGUCAUCAAGAAAUUCCACAAAUUUAUGAAGAAGGAAUUUGAGCGCAAAGGAAGAAAGAACGACGGUCCCCCGAAGUGCUAUGGCUGUGGUGAGAUAGGCCACAUCAAGCCGAGGUGUCCAAAAGGAAAAAGCGGCAAGGACAAACCUGGCUUCAAAAAGCAACGCGCCUACAUCUCAUGGGGUGGCAACUCCGGGGAUGAGUCAACGGAUCAAGAAGAGGAAGAAGCCGCCAACCUCUGUCUCAUGCCACACGAACACCACGUCAACGAAGUACAAGAG